CCGGCAGGCCGUACGUUGGAUGUGCGACAAGAUGGCUGCCUCCUUGCGGCACACGCUGCUAAGGCUGUAUCCUUCACUCUUACGAAGUUCCUAUGUAGCUCAGGUUCCCCUCCAGACUCUCUGCACCAGAAGCCCACCUGAAGAUGCUUCAUCCUCACUUCCCGUCUCCCCUUUUGAGAACGAACCUUGGAAAUACCUGGAUUCAGAAGAAUACCAGAACCGCUAUGGCUCUCGCCCUGUUUGGGCUGACUACCGCCGCAACCACAAAGGUGGUGUGCCACCACAGCGGACCCGAAAGACAUGCAUUCGUAAGGAUAAAGUGGCUGGGAAUCCUUGCCCCAUCUGCCGGGAUCACAAGUUGCAUGUUGACUUUAGGAAUGUGAAACUCUUGGAACAGUUUGUUUGUGCCCACACGGGUAUCAUCUUCCAUGCCCCAUAUACAGGGGUCUGUAUGAAGCAGCACAAGAAGCUGACCCAGGCCAUCCAGAAAGCCAGGGAGUAUGGUCUUCUCAGUUACUACGUUCCCCAGGUUGAGCCCCGAGAUGCUGACCUUCGCACUGUACAUGGAGCUGUCAGUGUGACUCCACCAGCCCCCACGUUGUUGUCGGGUGAACCUUGGUACCCGUGGUACAGCUGGCAACAGCCACCAGAGAGAGAGCUCUCUCGCCUUCGCCGGCUCUAUCAAGGAAAUCUCCUGGAAGCAAGUGGCCCCCCACCUGAGUCAAUGCCUGAGAUGCCCUCUACAGCACCAGCAGAAGCCUCCACUGAGCAGACCGGAUCCCAGAGUGCUUAGAACUCGAGACUGCGGAAGUCAGACUUAGGGAGUGGUGUCUAGGGGUAUGUGGUGGUGUGUGUUCUGGAAAGGGUUCUGUUUUGUGACAGUGGCAGACCCUAAAAGGAAAUGACUGCUAUGAAGAGGACAAGCACAUUUGAAGUUGAGAUGUAUGUGGGUAACUCUGGAGAGGGCUUACAUAUGAACUGGAGACUUUGUGUGCGCUUGUACGUCCCUAUUUUAAACCUCCUGGCCCGGCUUUUAGACAAUAAAGCUGUGUCUCCUCACCUGU